CCUUGAGUUCUAUCCCCAGUACAAAAAAAAAAAAAAAAGGAAGAAAAGAAAUAGACCAGGAACAAGGGGUAAUUGAAGGCACCCCCUUCACCCCUCUCCCACUCACUUCUCAUUCCUCAGUUAUGUCAAGUCCCUGCCACUUGAGGAGGGCCUAGCACAAGUGCUAGGGUGUGCCAGUCAGGGUGAAAGAGAAGUAAACCAACCACAGACCCUCGAGAUGCUAAGGAGGUGACCAGCCAGUUCUGUCAUACAAAGGAGGAACAGCUCUGAUCUCUUUCUCUGCACCUUGCUAUUUCAAAAAGGUGACUGUUGGGUUCCUGUCUCAGAGGAGCUGCUCCAUUCCCCAUGACAUACCAGAAGCCACUCCUAGCCCAGCCCUUUUCCAGGUCUCUCUCCUGCCACCAUCGUCAGUGUUCCCACCAUCCUCCCCUCUGUCCUUACCUGUUCUUGUCCUGUGGACACUGACAUUACUCAGGAAUCCUCCUUAACCUCUCUGAGCCUCCAUCUCUUAACCUGAGAAAUGGAGAUAAAAAUGCUUCCCUCACGGGCAGUUAUAGGAAUCUGAUCAGGUACGGGAGUAAGAUGCCUAGGACUGACUGGUUCUUUGUGAGGAGAAGGGUGGAAGUCACACAAAUGAGCGGUUUAAGACACAGCCCAGCAUCACAGUUAAGAAGGCCAGCUUGGUGGCAGAUAACCUGAGUUCAAAUCUUGUUGCACAACUUUGGGAAACAUAAGCUCUUGGAGCUCUAAUUACCUCAUUGGUAAAAUAGAAAUGCUUUUACCUAACUCAUGGGUUGUUUUGAGGAGAAAAUGAGACAAUGGGUGGAGAUGAGACUCUGCUGCAAACAGGGCCAGGCAUCUCGGCGGGUACUCAUGUAGUAGUGUGGAAAGAAACCAGCAACACACACGCCUCUGCCCUCCUGCCAGUGUCUGAACCUGUGCUCCUGCUUCUCUGGUAUGGGAACCGCUCCCCUUGAUCUUUAGUUUUGCCUCAGAAGAGGAGGGGCCAACAGGGCCAGGAGAUGUAUUAGUAGGGAUGGGAGGAGCUACAGACCCUGGCUGGUGAGGCACAGACCACCCAGUGCUCCUCCAAACUGGGUUCUAGGCAACUGUGAACAGGGACCACAGGCACUCCUAACUGCCCCCAUUGGCUUAUGAUAAACACCAAGAGGCCGAGUGUGUGAGAACUGUAGGGUCUUCCUACCCCAUCACCCCACCCUCAACUCCCUACCUACCUCCUGCCAGCUGCCCCAGACCCAGGAAGCCAGGCUGCAAGUGCAAGAUCUUGCCAGCAGGGGGCAACCUCGUCCACCAAAUUCAAACCUGCAUUUCCUCUUUCCCAAGUCUUUGGGCUGGGCUCUAGGCAGAUGAGGAAGGGAUGCAGGGUGGAGGGCACCGGGACCACCAGGAAGCAGCGUAUCCCCAGUCCACCCCACCCCACUACCCAGGAGGAGAUGCAGAAGAGAGAGGAACUCUUCCCCUUUAGUAUCCAGAAGACUCAGAUACAGGCAUAGGGCUAACUGGAAGGCUGGCCCCUUUCUCCAGCCCAGCAAUUCAUGUUCCUUUCUCUCACCAGCCCUAAAGGGCAGUGUGAUAAUGAACAGUAGACCUAUGGGGAUAUACCCUUGAGGGUGGGUGGGGCACCCAGUCAGAGGGAGUUAUAGGUCUUGAGCUUCCAGUAGGUAACACUGACCCUGUUGGUGGGCCAACAGAGCUGCGAGCUGUUAGUGGCCAGCAGGGGAUGCUGUGCUCCUUGUGUCUGAUCUGCCAUAAGCCACUGGGUCUGUGGGCUGACAAAAACCCAGGAGUACACACAUGCUAAACCUCACAUCUCUGGUUCCCUGAGUCCCACACAGACCUUCAGUAGUACUUAAGGGGCUGCCUCUUCUAUGUGUGUGCCCCUUCGCUCAGCACAGACAAGGUCAUUCCUGACGUACAGAGCCAUAGCCCAGCUUUCACUCUCAGGGCCACUUGUGGACCAGCCUAUGAAUCUGACUUCAUGUGUCCUCAGAGAGGCACACACAUGUGUAGUCAUAUCCAAGCACACACAUACUCAGUCCUUUCUCUCACCAUCUGUGCCACCUGAAAAUGGAUCCAAGAAGAGUCUAUAUUUUCCCUAAAAGGCUUCCCCCCACCUCCUUCUCCCCCACUCCUCCCCCCAGGGGCUACCAGUUUUCACCAGUGGAAGGUGAACAUGGUGAUAUGAUGGAGAUAUGGAAGAGGACUGAGCAUAAAGGUGGGGAAUGGACAGAGCCUGGUUAUUUAGAUGAAUGGACAGGAGGAGGGAUUGAUGGCAGAAUCAGAUCUCUCAAUGCCUCUCAGGCUCCGCAACCUCCUUUAUCAAGUGCAGGUGAGGAUAUGAGACCUCCCUAACUUUAAAUGUUUUGUAGGUAAUUAGUGAGAUGCUGCACAAGAAGUCACCUUGAACACUUCCCUUCCUGUCAUGUCUUUAUUCUCUCUCCUCCCCUCUCUCCUGAUCUCCUUACCUUCUCCAAACCCUGAGAGGAUCUGGAUCAGAGAUCAUGUAUUAAUAGGCAACUGCAGGCAGCCUGGUGUAGGGCCUUGGCAAAAGGUGUCUGAGCAUGAGUGAAUUCAAAGCUUGACACUAGGGCCCAGAACUGGCAGGGUCCAGGAGGUGCUGGCAAAGGCAGGUAAAGUCAGAGCUGGAGCAGGCCCCUAAGAAUGGAGGCCCACCUGCCCUCAGCAGGUAUAGGACUUGACCCAGGCCAGUCAUGGUCCAAAGAGGCUCUACUGCACGUCAGCUGGGGAAAAGGGCUACCACUGCACCUAACAUUCUUAGCCUCCAGGGCCCAAAGCAUGGACUCCAGACUGUCCUGGACCUGCCACAGCAACCAGGACCCUUCUUUACCCCAGCCCUUCUUUACUACAGCUGUCUUACUGGAGAGACAUUUUGUGACUGGAAGACACUUUCCUAGAUGUCAGCUCAUUUACUCCUACCAACACAUGGGGACCAGGGAAUUAUCAUCCCCAUAUUAGUGAGGGUACUGAAGUCACAGAAGCUAAACGAUUGGUCAGCAGUGCAGUGCACAUGGCAAUUGCAAAAUGAUUUUUUGUUUUAUUUUUAUUUUAUCUGUUUAUUUUGAGAUAGGGUCAUGCUGUUUCCCAAGUUGGUCUUGAACUCAUGAGCUUAACACGAUCCUCCUGUCUCAGCCUCCUAGGUUGCUAGAACUACAGUCAUGCACCACUGGGCUGGGCUGCAAAAUGCUUUUACUUGUCUUAUCAAAAACUCUCAACAGGGGCUGGGGAUAUAGCUCUGUUGGAGACUGCUUGCCUAGCAUGCACAAGGCCCUGGGUUCAAUCCCCAGCACCACCCAAAAAAAAAACAACAAAACAAACAAACCAAAAAAGCUUUCAACAGUAUCUCUGCUGUUUGGUGCCUGCUUUACAGGUAUAGAAACGGAGGCUAGGACAGAUGUGGGGGACUGGUAAGUGUCUACCAAGCACUCCACGGCCCUGUUUGAGGGGACUGAAUGGGAGAUGGGCUCUUGAGUUACCCUGGGACACCAUAGUGCCCCUCAUCCAUACCCCUUCCUUUCUUGGGUCUUUGUUGAAUGACUCCUCUGUGCCAGGCAGGGGUGGAAUUCUGCACUAGAACAGGAGAGGCACUUAGGAAGCAGAGAGCACCCCGAAUCCCUGGCUCUGCUCAAGCCUGAUUUCUCUAUGAAGCUUACCCUGAUUUUGCUCAGGGGCUGGGUGGGGGUAACCAGGACAGACUUCAAAGAGGAACUGCCCUUAAGCAAAGUCUUAAAGGAGAGACAAGGAGGAAAGGCAUUCCAAACAUAGUGUGCAUAGGGUUUCAAAGCUCAUUUUAGGAAACUAUGUUUGGCCUCAGUAAAGGGGUAGGAUGCAUGAUGAAAGGGGGUCCUCCCUUCCAUGUUAAAGAUGGAGUCAGACUUAAACCUGAGGCAAUGGGGGGCCAUUAAAUGUGUUUUAGUUGAGGAGUGAUGUGGCCUGUAUGACAGUUUGAAAUAAUCUCUGGACAUAGAGGUGAGUGGUGUGGAGAGGCAUGGACUGUAGUCCAAGAGCCCAGGAAGGAGUUUAAUGCAAUAACCCAGAGAUUUAAAAAACAAACAAACAAAAACUAAACUGAGUCAGUGGCAAAUAGGAAUAAGAAGAGGUAUCAGAUGGGAGGAAGAACCAACAGGAGCCUGGCCUCUCAUUGGGAAUGGGCUGAAGGAAGAGGAAGUGUCUGGCUGAUCCCUGGUUUUGGUCUGACCAUCUGAGUGAAUGGCAGAGCCACUUGGAGAUGGGGAAGCAGGAAUCAGCUGGAAGGUGCAAUGGGGAGGCCACAUGGACCUGGAGUUCAGGAGAAAGGUUGGGGCUGGAGGCCAUGUUGAGGUCACAGUCUAUGGAGAGUAUGAAAGUCACCUACCCACAUGAAGCUUCCAGGCACCAUCGCACAGAGAGUGAAAAAAUCAGUGAUCCAGGAGCAAAGACCUGAGUAUAAAGGUGAGCAGAAGAGGAGCCAGCCAGAGGCAGAGAUAGGAAGAAGCUGUAGAUGGCUGUGCCUCAUAAACCAACCCCAGAGGCUUCAAGAGUGAGAGGUGAUCAGAAGUGCCUGUGCCACAGUGAGUCAAAGGGGAAGAGGGCAGAAGAGGUGGCACGGUGGCCUAGCCAGAGCAGUUUCAGUACGGGGUGGGGGUUAGUGUAGUAUGCAAGUGACUGGAAACUUGACUCCAAGCCACAAUUUUCCUCUGCCCCAGGGGUACCCAGGCACAUUACAGGUAAGAAGUUAAGGGAAAGAAAGGAGUGAAAGCCACAGAGGAGAAUGGCCAAGAGCAGGCCCCAGUCACUUAAAGGGAGUUGACACAAGGAGCCCCCGACUUGGAUAAAGGAGAAGGGCCACCUCUUUUUCAAAGCCAUGGGGACCCAGGGCAGCUGCAGGUGAGCCUGUGACUGAGUGAGAAUGGAAGAAGUUGGUGUGGCAGCCUGACUUUCUAGGUAGGAUGGGAGGCACAGGUUGGCACUCUGCUGCAGGAAAGUCAGAGUGAGCUGGUAUUUGAAGAGUCAGGGAGGAUUGAAGAAUGGAAAGGAGAUUCAACUAGGGAUGGUGGAAGGAUUGCUGAGCAGAGCUAUAGCCCCUGCUGAGGCCAGAGACCUUAAACUGUGGCAGUAAUUGACCAGUCUCUCCAGCAGUGCCCAGAAGCAAAUGAGGGGGCAGAGAAGUGUGGAGUAGACUGAGGAUGGAACUGCAAGGUGGGAGCUGCAGGUAGGGCCCUGGCAAGAGCCUGCUCAGGGCAAGAUGCCAAGGAGUCCUCUGGGGCAGGGAGGGUGAAGCCAGGAUACCUGGAAGAGCAGAAGAGGAUGGGUGAGGGAUUUCACUGGGACUGAGGAGAGGAGGAAGGCAGAGCCUGUGGUCUAGAGUUGCGAGUUUUUCCUUGUUAUCAGAGGACCUCAGUCCCAGGGAGGACAGGUGUAAGGCUGUGGGAACAAUAUGCUGAAAUGAAACAGACAUGAAAGUCAUCUGCCUGCAGGAGGCCAAAAAAUUUUCAUUCAUUCAAUCAUUCAACAAAUGUUUAUUGAGGACCUACUAUAGCCGAUUUCUGCAAGACACUACAUAUAGGGAUGAAAAAACUUGGGUUCCUGCCCCCUAAGGGCUCACCACAUGGUUGGAGGUUGCGGGGAGGGCAACGUUAACACAACACCCUAUGGUGAUUGUAGUAUAUAAAAUUGUCUAGGCAUGGUGGGAACACACAGAAGGUCCUCACCCAGAAAAGGGGCAAGUGACAUGGAAACUGAGCCUUAGAGAUAUGUAGGAGUCACCCAAGCAAAGAGAGUGAAAAAGCAGGAGCAUCCUCCCAGGAGCAGGAGCAGGUGUUCAUCUGGUGGCGCCAGAGGGUAAAGGACAAGGCAAGAAAGAGGGACAUGGGGAGCAGGAGAAGCAGGAUCCCAGAGGACCUCAGUAGCCAGGCAUGGAGCUUCCAAAGGGAUGGGAGGCUUUGCAGGGAUUUCAGCAGAGGAGCAGCAGGAUCAGAUUUGCAUUUUGGAAAGAUCACUAGGGCUGCAGUGUGGAGAAUUGAUUGGAGCAAAGCAAAGGAGCAGAAGACUGACUAAAGGCUGCCCGCUGCAAGAGGAGGGCACAGCCAGAGUCAUUGUAGGAUUCAAAAUCAGCAGGACUUGAUUCUUUUAGUGAGUGGGGAAAGGAGGGAGGGAAAGUCGAGGAUGCUUCCCAGAUGCCACCAGCUGAGUUGGAGACAAAGGGGGUGCAUGGAGGUGGGUGGUGAGGAAAUGAUUUUGAGACAAAAAUCAGAGGACAACCAGGUGAUCUCUGUGGGCUGGUAGAUACAGUCAGAGGCAAGGGCAGGGCAGGUGUGGGUACUCCUUCAACAGUCCUUCACAGAUUCUUCUUAGAGAGGAGCACUUUUGUUUGCCUUGAUAUGCUGUGGAUAAAAGGGGAGAGCCUAGGUGUGGGUGAACUUAGGGUCCGUAUAGCCACAAAAAGGUUAACCUGCUCGGUAUGAGAAAAGAGAGGAAUGUUUUGGGUCCUGAGAGGGAGGUAAGGGGGUGGGGGAGGCAGAGAGCAGCAGAAGUGUGUGAAGGGCCAGUGGAAAUUCCCACUGGUGGCCAGUGGAGGUGCCCACUGCUAUGUGUGUGUGGCGCCUGGUGCAGCUUGAAUAGCUAUGGAAUAAACCCCACCUUCAUCAUUCCCUUUUGCACCUCCAGGUCCACACCCUCAGUAAAGUUGACUCUGUUGACAUCUGUAUUCUGUAAAUGAAGUUUUAGGUGGGAAUGGAGGAGAGAGCUCAAUUUCACAACUUGGUUUAUGGGGUGCAGAAUAGACUCAGUCCAUUUGCAGGCAGAGAGGAUAGGAGAGCAGAAGCUCCUGGGAAUGCACAGGAACCCCUGAAACAGGCCUUGGACUUGGGAUCUGAGUGAUCUUCCUCUAAGCUAACCUAACUACAGUUGCUCUUGCACCUGCAGCCCUUAGGUGAGAGACCUCUGUGGCAGUGCAAGUCAGGUGGGUCCUAGAUUGAAAAACCUCCUGAGAGGUUCCAGCUCAGCACCCUGGGACUUCUCCUUAUCUGCUGCCCCUCCCAUCAGGUGAGCUCAGGGUGGAGAAGGCACGUGAGCACCUCCCCUCAUUCCACCCUGGCACUUUCCACACACCUAGACAAUUCCACCUGCAGGCUCCCUGCCAGUCUGACCAGCUCAGUCCUUGGGACAGCAGUGUGGUGGAGAGCUGCAGGUGGGGUGCUGAAGUCUCUGCAGAGUGAGAUAGCCAGAGUCAGGCAGAGACAAGAAACCAGGGGAGAGAGGAGAACAGAGACGAGGAAUAGAAGAGAGGCCUCUCAAGAAAAGGAGGUGACACCAGGGCACAGACGCCAGAGCAUGGAUCCAGGGGUGUGCAACAGGGCACACAUGCUGGUGUGCAGGCUUUGGACAGCUGUUAGUCGAGCACUGUUUGCUGAGUUCCUGGCCACCGGGCUGUAUGUGUUCUUCGGUGUGGGCUCAGUCUUGAGAUGGCCCUCUGCGCUUCCCUCGGUGCUGCAAAUCGCCAUCACCUUCAACCUGGCCACAGCCACAGCUGUGCAGGUCACCUGGAAGGCCAGUGGGGCCCAUGCCAAUCCUGCUGUGACACUGGCCUUCCUUGUGGGCUCCCACAUUUCUCUGCCCAGGGCUGUGGCCUAUGUAGCUGCCCAGCUUGCAGGGGCCACUGUGGGGGCUGCUCUGCUGUAUGGGGUCACUCCAGGGGACAUCCGAGGGACACUUGGAAUCAACAUGGUCUACAACAACUCCUCGACUGGCCAAGCGGUAGCAGUGGAGGUGAUUCUGACCCUGCAGCUAGUGCUCUGUAUCUUUGCUUCCACGGACAACCGUCAGGCACUGGGGUCCCCGGCCGCCAUGAUUGGGACCUCUGUGGCAUUGGGCCACCUCAUUGGGGUCUACUUCACUGGCUGCUCCAUGAACCCAGCCCGUUCAUUUGGUCCUGCUGUCAUCAUUGGGAAGUUCACAGUCCACUGGAUAUUCUGGGUGGGACCCCUGACAGGGGCUGUCCUGGCUUCGCUGAUCUACAACUUUAUCCUGUUCCCUGACGCUAAGACCCUGGCCCAGCGACUGGCCAUUCAUGGCACCACAGAGGUGGAGAAAGUAGGGGUGGAGCCCCAGAAGAAAGAAUCCCAGUCCAGUUCAGGGGAUGCUGAAGUGAGUAUGUGAGACGGCAAAGCCCUUGGUCCUUCAGGCUUCAGAAAGGCGCCGUGCAGUAGAGUAGCUGUCUCCUAUACCCGACAUCAAGCGUUCCUGAUGGUGGGCAUAUUUUAAAGGGAAUCAGAAGGCUUGGUCUCCUCCUAACAGGGUGGGCCAGGGGUGUGUCGGGGGGUGUUGUCAAUUACUAUCCUCUAGCCUUACAUUUCUUUCUUUCUUUUUCAAGAUGGGAUCUCACUAUGCUGCCCAGGCUGGCCUCUUGAACUUGCAAUCCUCCCUCCUCAGCCUUCUGAAUAGCUGGGAUUUACAGGUGUGCAUCACAUUUAUAAAGAAUCUGGAAGCAAAUCUUCCAGUGCCCUUCCCUAGGCCUUCCCCAUCUUGGAGGGAGAGGACUUUAUGAUGGUUUCCCCUUCUCUCACGCAGCUGGAUCUC